AGCGGUUGACAUUCAGACCGCAAUUAGAAAAUGUAAAUAAAUUUUUAAUUAACUAACUAAAAUUUCUAUAACUUUUUUGGAUGUUAGGACGACACCAUGACUUGAACCAGAGUCUUCCGAAUGGUUGUACGCAAUGCUAAGAAUUCUUUAAAUAAUUAGAGCAAGUGGAAUAAUAGUGAAUACCCUUACUGUUAGUUGUGAAACGAACUUGGCAACAAAAGGCUAUUGGAAGGCACACAAUCAGUUUGUAUUUUUGAUAAUUAACUAAGGACAACGAAAUAGAUGCGUAGCAUCUAAUAAGCUUAAUUUACGUCAAAACCACUUUCAUAAACAGGAGUCUUGAAAACAGAACUUCAGCAAUCAGAAUAAGCCAACUAGACAAUCUUAACACAAUAAACAAAAUAAAAUGGGCUAUCACGACCGUGACCGUGGACGCCGCGAUCGACAUCGGUCGCGUAGUCACUCACGCUCCCGUCAUGGCGAACGAUCGCGACAUCGUAUUUACAGACGCAAACCAUCCCUAUAUUGGGAUGUGCCACCACCUGGCUACGAGCAUAUGACACCAAUGCAAUACAAAGCAAUGCAGGCAACUGGCCAAAUACCAGCAACCAUCAUACCUGAUACACCCCAAGCCGCGGUACCGGUAGUGGGAUCAACUAUCACACGACAAGCGCGUCGUUUGUAUGUGGGCAAUAUUCCUUUUGGCAUAACAGAGGAAGAAAUGAUGGAAUUUUUCAAUCAGAAAAUGCAUUUAAUAGGCUUAGCACAGGCAGACGGCAAUCCCGUUUUGGCAUGCCAAAUCAAUUUAGAUAAAAACUUUGCUUUUCUCGAAUUCCGUUCGAUUGACGAGACAACACAAGCCAUGGCUUUUGAUGGUAUAAAUUUUAAGGGUCAAAGUUUAAAAAUACGGCGUCCGCACGAUUAUCAACCCAUGCCUGGCAUGGCUGAUACGCCCAGUAUUAAACCGGAAGCGCCGCCUGGUAUAAUAUCGUCUGUAGUACCAGAUUCACCACAUAAAAUAUUCAUUGGUGGUCUACCUAAUUACUUAAGUGAUGAUCAGGUUAAAGAAUUGUUGCUGUCAUUUGGGCAAUUGCGAGCUUUUAAUUUAGUCAAGGAUGCCGCAACGGGCUUAAGCAAAGGAUAUGCUUUCUGUGAAUACGUAGAUUUGAGCAUAACCGACCAAGCUAUAGUCGGUCUAAAUGGCAUGCAACUCGGCGAUAAAAAAUUAAUUGUACAACGUGCAAGUGUCGGCGCUAAAAAUGCCCAAACGAAUGCAGCAGCCAUAGCACCUGUAGCCAUUCAAGUGCCUGGUCUAGCAAGACUUGUUGCCGGUUCGGGUCCCCCAACAGAGGUUUUGUGUUUGCUAAAUAUGGUUACACCUGAUGAGCUACGUGAUGAUGAAGAAUAUGAAGAUAUUUUGGAGGAUAUUAAAGAUGAAUGUAAUAAGUAUGGUAUUGUGCGCAGUGUUGAGAUUCCACGACCCAUCGAAGGGGUUGACGUCCCAGGGUGCGGUAAAGUAUUUGUAGAAUUUAACUCAGUAAUAGAUUGUCAGAAGGCGCAACAAGCUUUGACUGGACGUAAAUUUAGUGAUCGCGUUGUUGUUACAUCAUACUUUGAUCCUGAUAAAUAUCAUCGGCGUGAAUUUUAAACAUAAUAAUGCUUGUACUAGUUUUCUAUUUGUAUAGAGUGCAUCCAUUUCCCUUUAGCAACUUUUAAAUAAAUUGUAUUUUAAUUAAAAAACUGUGUCAGAGCGUAUUUCGUUUUUCUUUUGGGUAGCGCUUUUGGAAACCAUGGAAAACUUAUUUUGAAAGGACUCGAUAUUCCACUCUUUUUCCGAGAUUCUCAAAAUUUUAACGAUUUCAAAUGACAAGUCAAACACAAAAUAAAUUUAAACUAAAAAUAAAUUGUCAAUCAAUGGAAAAACUUGAAUUCGCCACCUUGGUAGGUUCGCUUUGUUAAAUUGGCCUU